AUGGAAGCAGGUAACGAGGAGGAAGAACGCAGCCCAGCUACUACUUUGCAGGAAGCUGAGUAUGCACCAGUAUGGACCUCCGACCUUGGAUACCCUGGAGAUAUCCCCGAUGAAAUUGCAGAGUAUCUCGACCCCGGAGUGGAGCAAGGCCGCUUUAUUGUGGGCUCUCUAUCAAGCAUCUUCUGGCUGAAGAAAGUGGAGGUUCUAAAUGAACUCAUCUUCGACCCGGGCCAUAAGUUGGAGGACGAAGUCUACAAGAUUCCACAUGGCGGAACCUGGUUUUGGUUAAUCGAGGCGUUAUUUGACCAAAACAAAAUCCCAAAGAGGUAUAUGAACCUGGUUUCAUGGGAAUCUAGCACGAAACCUUGCUCCGAUUUUGUCCGCCCUCCAUUCCCAUCAAACAUCUUGGGAGCAACCCUCAAGUGGAACCGCAAGAGAGCAACGUUUGCAGAAGGAAUUGAGAGUCUUUUAGGGGACCUGAAAAUGGUCGAAAGCUAUACCAAACGAUCACACAAGGGCUUUAUAAGCCUUACGACCUUAUUUUACCCUAUUAUUACGAACUCACACAUGAACAACGAGUUCGGACCUGGUUUCUACGCUUCCCCUUCUCUCGAGACCGCAAUCACAUAUUGCCUCCCGAACUCAGCACUUCUGAUCUUCGAUGAUCCAGAGAACCUCUCUAGAUACACUCUGAGAGGAGAAGAAUGGGAUACAAUCGUUCUGUAUUGGACUGGUCUCCAGGUCGGCAAUCUUGACGACCGGGUCCCGCCUCAAUGGAGAGGUGUGGAUAUAAUUGAAGGGCAAUCUCACGAGGAGCCACAAAGCCGAAUGGCGCAAGAAUGGAGGGAGAUGAAGUCCAGGGAGUGGGGGUCUCGCAUGCCGCGAUCAAGGAAUUCGGAUCCGCUCUGA